AUGCUUCGAACAUUCCAACACAAUCACCAACAAACACAGUCUCUCCGAAAUGCUGAGAUGGUCCAAGCCGUUAUACAAGCCCACAGACAAAUACAGCAACUUGAAGCCAUACGUCUACGGGAAAGGCCUUGUGGCGAGUUCUCCGAGAUUGUCAGCAUCAAGGUUGCUGUCAACUAUGGCAAUUACAAAAACCGCCUAGGUGCAUACCAUGCACCCAUGCACACAUUCCUCGAUUUCACUUUCCUCCGGACCCUCCCCAUUGCUCAGGUCCGGAAUGGCUUUGCCGAGCUGAUCAAAAUCUCCUCCUGCUCCCAUCUGGAGGUGUUUGAGCUGCUUGACAAGCACUGCGAGGACCUGAUUGAGAACAAAUUUGGUCGUGCUGAUGGCUCGUCCGCGGAGCUGCGCCGAGCGGCCGAUAUUAUCAACCGCGAGGGCAUUUACGAGAUGCUGCGACUGGAGUCGCCUAAUCUCCACGAAAUUGGUCUAGACCGUGUCAUUGCUUACGGGCACACCUGGUCGCCCCUGCAUGAGCUCAUUCCUGAGACACCCCUGCGCCACGGCCAUGCCAUCUCCAUUGACAUGGCAUAUUCUGCAACGCUAGCUAACCAGCGCGGAUUUCUGUCCGAUGCCGAGCACUUGCGCCUCCUCACUCUCUUCUCUCGUGCAGGCCUGUCGAUCGACCACCCCCAGUUCGAUAAUGAUGUGCUCGAGAAGGGCACCACUGCCAUCCUCAAGACGCGCGAUGGCAUGCUGCGGCUUGCGCUUCCCAAUCCGCUGGGUAAGUGUACCUUCCUAAAUGAUUAUACUCCGGAAGAGCUUCGGGAUGCCCUAAGGAAACACAAGGAGAUCUGCCAACAGUUCCCUCGCGAGGGGGCGGGUCUAGAGGCCUAUGUGGAUGCCAGUGACACUGGAUACACCGAUAAUGAGGCCUCCGGCACGACAGUGGAAGAGACCGUCGAAAAUACUCCAGUCGCUACUAAGGCAGGUGUAAAUGAGCUUCAGGGGACUGAGAAGCUGGCUGAGCGCGUGCAAGUGCACAUCAACCAGCUGAACGGGUUCACCAACGGUGUACAUUGA